CUCGCUGCCAAGAUGCGUAUCGCGUUGUUUGUGGCUAUUGGGGUUUGGGAGCUCAUUAUUAUUUAUUGAUUACAGCCGGACUGCUGUGUGCUGGAGAAGUAAACCAAGCUAGGCUAGCUCGUCGGAUAGCAAACAGCGGCAGGCAGAUAUAGACGGUAAAGUGGACAGAGCAGCGAGUGAGGUUUCCACUGCCAGCGGGGCUAAUGUUGAAUUAUGUUAGCCAGCUAGCGCUGUCCCACCAGGGCUGGGACUGAUCUCCAUGGCAGAAGGAAAACGACGAUAAAAGACGACAUCCAGAAGAAAGGGUUAGCUCACAGUUUCAAUGUUAUUGUUAAAAAGCUGCACUCGGUCACAAUGUCCUGCUCUGGCAACCUGGUUUGGGAUGUAAAUAAACGCUCAAUCGGAUACAACGAGCCUAAUACCAUCAGGACCAACUAUUUAGGUAGAAAAGAAUUUGUCCAGAGGCUGAAACUCGAAGCAACACUGAAUGUACAUGAUGGCUGUGUCAACACCAUAUCCUGGAAUGACACCGGAGAAUACAUUCUGUCAGGGUCAGACGAUACCUUUCUGGUCAUCACCAACCCCUACAACAGAAAGGUCAAGAAGUCGAUACGUUCAGGUCAUCGGGCAAAUAUCUUCAGUGCGAAGUUCAUGCCCCACACCAAUGACCAGGAGAUUGUCUCCUGCUCUGGGGACGGCAUCAUCUACUACACACACACUGAGAAGAGCCCCGAGUACAACAGACAGUGUCAGUUCACCUGCCAUUAUGGAACAGCUUACGAGAUUAUGACGGUACCAAAUGACCCCUACACGUUUCUGUCGUGUGGGGAGGACGGCACGGUGCGAUGGUUUGACCUGCGCACCAAGACGAGCUGCACGAAAGAAGACUGCAAAGAUGACAUCCUGAUUAAUUGUCGAAGGGCAGCGACCUCCAUAUCCAUUUCUCCGCUGGUGCCCUACUACCUGGCCGUGGGCUGCUCUGACAGCUCUGUGCGCAUCUACGACAGACGCAUGCUGGGCACCAGAGCCACGGGUAACUACAUGGGCCGCGGGACGACAGGCAUGUGCGUGAGGUUCGUCCCCGCCCACCUCUCCAACAAAUCGUGCCGAGUGACAUCCCUCUGCUACAGCGGGGACGGUCAGGAGGUGCUGGUCAGCUACUCAUCUGAUUACAUCUACCUAUUUGAUCCCAAAGAUGACCAGGCCCGAGAGCUGAAGGGCCCGUCUGAGGAGCGGAGGGAGGAGCUGAGGCAGCCCCCAGUGAAGCGCCUCCGUCUGCGUGGUGAUUGGUCUGACACUGGACCUCGAGCUCGUCCUGAGAGUGAGAGAGAGAGGGAUGGAGAACAGAGCCCCAAUGUGUCUCUGAUGCAGAGGAUGUCGGACAUGUUGUCCCGCUGGUUUGAGGAGGCCAGCGAGGCUCAGAGCAGCAGAGGAACGCGGCCUCAGGCGCGAUCCAGAGGAACGGCUCUCCGUCCAGAGGGGGCGUCUUCUGCCCCGGCAGCCCCCGCAGAUGCCCCCACGCAGGAGCCCAGAGCCCCCGAGAGGCCCAUGGAGACAGACACAGAGGCCCCUGCCACUUUGGCCACCCCCGCCCCCAUGCCCAAAUCUACUUCCUCCUCUUCCUCAGGGUCUUCGUCAACAGUCACAGCACCUCCUCCUUCCAGCUCCUCAUCAAUGGAGAGCUCGGCCCCGUCCUCCUCCCCCCUUACCUCCUCCCCUGACUCGGAGCAGAGGAGUCAGGCGGACACUGCCGGGACCCCCACACCGACGCCCACGCCCACCUCAGAUCCUGCGCUGUCAGAUUCCCCCUCGUCUGUGGUAAACAAACAGCUGGGAUCCAUGACUCUUGAUGAACAGCAGGGAGGACCAGAGGCUGUGAGUUCGGCUCCUGCUGAACCCGCCUCUGCACCCGCCAGUGGGGCAGCAGCGCCCAGCAGCAGCAGCAGCAGCAGCAGCAGCAGCAGCAGCACUCCCUCCACCACCGGCACGAGUCGACCCAGUGCAGCAGAGCCGGUCCUGAGCCUCCACUACAGCUCAGAGGGAACCACCACCAGCACCAUAAAGCUGGACUUCACAGACGAAUGGAGCAGUACAACGUCCAGCUCUAGAGGCAAUGGACCCAAAACAUCCGAGGCUGUGGCGGCUCAGGGCAGAGAGAGUGUGUCAGCGGAGAGCUCGGUGUCAGAGCAUGCCCCAUCUGAGUCGACAGGCCAGAGCAAACCCACCACCUGCACAGACCCUACCUGUGAGCUCUCCCCCUGCAGCCAUGGCAGGUCGUCAGCUCAGGCGCCAGCCGAGGCCUCCUCAGAGGCAGGCGGCAUGACCUCUUCACCCCUGGAGCGGAGCCAGCCGGAGGGCAUGGAGGACCCGGCAGGCAGCUGCAGGAGAGCGGAGCCCGCUGGAGAGGAGGGCCAGGAGGGAGAGGGGGGACAGGGUCAGCUGGCACGGGGCAACCAGGACUCAGACGACAGCGAUGACGACCCAAUCCUCAUCCCGUCAUCGCGGUUCAGAGGAGGACAGGGACAGAGACGCUCAGCAGCUGCCCGUAUCCAGGAGCUGUUUCGCAGGAGGAAGGAAAGAAGAGAAAUGGAAGAAAGUGAGACCCAGAACAUCCGGAGACCCUCGGUCAAAAUGGUCUACAAGGGUCACCGCAACUCCAGGACAAUGAUAAAGGAGUCCUGUUUCUGGGGCAACAACUUUGUGAUGAGCGGCUCCGACUGCGGCCACAUCUUCAUCUGGGACAGACACACCGGAGAGCACCUCAUGCUGCUCGAGGCCGACAACCACGUGGUCAACUGCCUGCAGCCGCACCCCUACGACCCCAUUCUGGCCUCAUCAGGGAUAGACUACGAUAUCAAGAUCUGGUCACCUCUAGAGGAGUCGCCAUCCUUCAACAGAGUCCUUGCUGAAGAGGUAAUAACUCGUAACGAGCUGAUGCUAGAGGAAACAAGGAACACCAUCACAGUCCCAGCCUCAUUUAUGCUUCGAAUGCUGGCCUCCCUCAAUCACAUCAGAUCAGAUCGACUGGAAGGCGAUCGCUCUGAAGGCUCUGGCCAGGAAAACGAGGAUGAGCAGUAGUAGCCUGCCGGCAUUUUAAAGAAAACAUUAUUUCUUCUUGCUGUAAAGCACUUGAAAACAUGAGAUUUUUACAAGUAUACUGUAGAAUACUUCCUUAUGAAAAUUGGUUGAAUUUCUAGCCCCUGUUUUUUUAAGAUCACUUUCUUACUGAUGUUUCUGUAUGAGGAUACACUAACGUGUGAAUGCAAGGGCAAGGAAGUCUAUAUAUGUUAAGUGUGUGGAAAAAAAAAAUAUGGUGGCUGCUGUGCAAGGAUGUAAAGUGCAAUAUUAUUUUGUUAGGAGAAAGUGAGCUUUGAUCAGUGUUAAGCUGUGACAUUUAUUUGUAGCAGAUGGCAAUGAACUCAAAUGUUGCUAUACUGCACUGGCAGUUACGCAUGUAAACAAAAACUUUUUGAUUUGAGUAAACCAUACUUUUGAGUAUGCUUUAAUUUUGUUGUUAAAACAAAAAGAUACAAAGCUGUGCUUCUUGUUCCCAAAGGGUCAACGAAAUAACCUUUUGCCAAAUUUGGAAAAAUUUCUAAGCUAAAUGGCAUCUCAGAGAUAUAUCUGUUCUUGGGUCUAGCAGAUAGAUACAUGUGACUGUGCAACUGCCCUCACAAAUGAAUGAAGUGGUGAAUUCAUUCAACAAAUAAAGAACAAUCUGAUCUUUGCGUAUUGA